GUACAAUGGUUUCCGGUAUAACGAGGUUCUACUGUAAUACUCUCGAUUGAUCCCCUUAUUCCAAUAUGGGUCUACCUGAUUACGACUAAAGUGUCCACAGAACGUGACUCCUGACAAUCUAGAUAUUCCAUUCCCAUGCAUUGAACCGGGAUACAAAUUAAUUAUCAGAUUGAAGAUUAUUCCAGCACUAAGAGUGAUGAGCGGGGGUUUCCAGCGCGAAGCUUUUUCCAAGCGAACUCUUACAAGGGGGGAACAAUUGAUAUAAGAAAGCCAAGGAGUCGCCUCCGAAGCCAAGAGACCACACUGAUCAUCAUAACUCUUUUCUCAAUUCCUUGGCUCAUAUCGCAAACAUGGUUAACCUUUCUACCUCUCUCAUCUUAGGAGGAUUGUCCGCUUUAGCUUCGGCUCUUCCCGCCGCGGCACCAGCACCAACGGCUGCUCCAGAUCUUGCUAAGCGAGCAACCUGUACCUUUUCUGGCUCAUCAGGAGCUGCUGCGGCAAGCAAGUCCAAGGCUUCUUGUGCUACGAUUGUUUUAUCAGCACUUGCAGUCCCUUCUGGCACGACCUUGGACUUGACAGGCCUAACCUCAGGAACUAAAGUGAGUAUAUAUCAACGUGUUUGAAUUUUGCACCACACUGACCGAUUGCUAGGUCAUCUUCGAAGGUAUCACCACAUUCGGCUACGAAGAAUGGUCUGGUCCUUUGGUAUCUGUUUCAGGAACAGAUAUCACCGUCACUCAAAGUGGUAGUGCCUAUCUCGAUGGUAAAGGAGCUUCCUACUGGGAUGGAAAAGGUUCCAACGGAGGAAAGACGAAGCCCAAAUUCUUCGCCGCACACAACUUGAUCUCUUCGACUAUUGAGAACAUCUACAUUCUCAACCCACCUGUCCAAGUUUUCAGUAUUGAUAACGCUAAUGGGUUGACAAUCAACAAUGUCACCAUCAAUGCAUCGGCUGGUGAUACUGGUAGUCUUGGUCAUAAUACUGAUGGUUUCGAUAUUGGAAGUAGCACCACUGUUACUAUCACUGGUGCUAAUGUAUACAAUCAAGAUGAUUGUGUUGCUAUCAACUCAGGAACAGUAAGUCAAACCCUUCGUUGACCGAUCUGAACAUAAACUAAUUUGUCAAAGGGCAUUACUUUCUCAGGGGGUGUCUGUUCUGGUGGACACGGUCUUUCCGUUGGAUCCGUCGGUGGUAGAGACGACAACAUUGUCCAGACCGUCACUUUCGAAAAAUCUGAAAUCAAGAAUUCGCAGAAUGGUAAGUUACCUUCCAUCAAGGAAACGAAUGACCAAACAAUAACAUUUUCCAGGUGUCCGCAUCAAGACCAUUUCUGGUGACAGCGGAACCGUCUCUGGAGUUACCUACUCAGGCAUCACACUUUCCGGCAUUACCGACUACGGUAUUCUUGUCAACCAAGCUUAUAAUGGAAAGGAAGGUAGCCCAACCAACGGUGUUACCAUUAGUAAAUUCAUCCUUGAUGGAGUCACUGGAACCGUUGAGUCCGGUGCUACCAACAUUUACAUUGAAUGUGGAAGUGGUUCUUGCACUAACGUAAGUCAUAUCUCCCUUUUCACGUGAUGUUCCCUCAUGUGAUAUGAUACUUGAAAGAUCCUAACAUUCAAUAGUGGACAUGGAGCGGGGUCUCGGUCACGGGUGGAAAGACUUCUUCUUCUUGCCUCAACGUCCCAACUAGUGGUGGCGUCUCUUGCUCCUUGUAGAUACUUUUCUUGCAAGGCUAGCACACUCUGGGAACGAUGCUCUUUCACUUUCCACUGACCACACAUUCGCAUUCGGGAGAUCGAAAGAUCCAGUUCGGCCAGUUGUUUCAAUCCUGUGAUUGUUGCUCCGUGGGAAGGUUAAGGAGCAGCUCAAAUUUGUCAUUUCUGUCUGUCAUUCUUAAAGUCUCAUAGUUCUUCUG